AGCUUGUAACACGUGCGCUGGCGCGGCGGCCGGGCGCGCUCCUCCUACUCUUUAUAUAUAAGGAGAUCUUGCGAAACUACGGUCGCAUUUGGUGUAGACUGUCCAGGAAGUUACCUGUUCUUUUUGUCACCCGUGAAUACAACAUGCUCCUCACACUGUUAGUAGGAGUGUCAAUUCUGGCACAAUCAAUCGCCGCCAAGCCUGUGGUUGACAGCCAACCCACCUCACAAGUCCUAUAUAACACCGACAAUAUGCCCAACUCAUACAAUUUCCAUUACGACGCCGGAGAUGGUUCAUCCCGCACAGAGCAAGGGAACAUAAUAGACGCUGGCACUCCCAAUGCUGCGUUAGAUGUGCUAGGCACCGUGCGAUGGUACGACAACAAGGGCCAUUUGUACGAGAUGACAUACAAAGCUGGCAAACGAGGCUACAGAACCAUCAUCAAGAAAAUAUCCUAACGAAACAUUCAUCCGAUCCAAUGAUAUACAAAAAUCAGAUAAAACAAGACUGGAAAAAAUACUUAUAAGUAUUUAUUCGUACAAUCUAACAAAAUUCUAAUCGAUAUGCCGCGAAGGAGGUUUAUUUUAGUUACCUAUUUAUUAAAUAAUAAUAAUUUA